UUGAUUCUUCACCAUCAUGCCACUGAUACGUAAGGAGGGCAAGGACACCAUUAUCUUUGCGUCCAAGGAGGAGCACGCGGUACCCAGCAAAAUCAGUCUGCCCGAGUCGGAGCCCAGCCCCGGGCUGUUGUUGCCCAACGGCGAGAUCAAUUGGAACUGCCCGUGUCUCGGUGGCAUGGCGACCGGGCCGUGCGGUUUGGAAUUCCGCGAGGCCUUCUCCUGCUUCCACUACUCCACCGCGGACCCGAAGGGCUCGGACUGCCGCACGGCAUUCGAGACGAUGCAGAGCUGCAUGUCGCAGUACCCGGCGCUGUACGAGAGCAAGGGCAUGUCGACGGACGACCUGGAGGACGAGGACAUCGGGAUAGAGGAGGAGGAAGAGGAGAAGAAACAGCCGUCCACGGGCAGCGGGGACAAGACGAAGGCGGUGGUAGCUAGUAAAGGCGCGGCGGAUUAGCGAUAGUCGCCUCUCUCUUGUCGUACCUUAAUUACUUUAAGUAAAUUAAUUUUACCUGUUGCACUGUAUAGUUCAAAAUAAAUUUUUAGAAAGAACUAUUUGCAAUUAAAGUUACAGAUUGAUCGCUACUAAGCGUGCGAACAAACUUGGAGCAGGUAAAAUUGCGGCUCAAAAUAACCCAAGGGACAUUUGCCGAAGGAAAACUUCAGUACUUAAGAAUUAAUAAUUUAAAUCCAAUUAUUCUAUAUAAUCUAUAUCUAUUUGCGAACUAGCGUAAGUCGAAAAUAAGUUUACCAGUUUUUGCCUGGAAAGAAAAACUCUAUUUCUUCGUAUUCAUGUUA